AUGGCUCACUUCUAUACCUUCCAUACAUCCUUCGCAUGUUUGCUCUCCACCGCUCUCGGUCCAGCCGACAUCUUAACGGUCUUCCAGAUGGAUGGCCUCAAUUGGCUCUGUGACAGCCUUGUAGAUAUGCCGAUUAGAUGGGCCUGGUAUGCCUCGCCUAUCAGUAACUACCAUUUCUUACUCAUGUUCAACUUUACACGGGUGUACCCAAGGGCUAUUGCACAUUUCUACGCCCGAGAAACAUGGACAUAUGCGCAGACAGUGCCCGGCUCUUUCGUUAGCGAUUUUAGAGGCCUCAGUAUGUUAACGUCGUCAUCUUGCCUUGUCCGGUUCACAUGCGAAGCUGUCAUCAAGGUCCAGAACUGGACUUGCAAGUACGGCUAUAGCUCUCUAUCACCGGUAUGGACAGGCGAAGACAUGCUCAGCAUGUCUUCGCGUCACAGGCACGAUAUCAUAGUGAGCAUUUACAACCCUGCUGGAACACUUUUGCUGUUCGAUCAAUGCGCAAUAAUAAUUAGCAUGCACGCCCGUCUCGACGGUAUCGACACAUCAUCUUUCACUGCAGCGCGAACAAGCACGUGCCAGCCCUUGGCUUCGGGUGAUGUCUCAAUGUUCGGAGCAUUUGUCUUUCUUAUCUCACAGCUGGCUCUUGGUGUUUGGCUGUUGAUGCAGUUGCCAAAUGGAUACGGGCAUGUUGGGUUUUUAGAUUACUUGCGACUUGGACUUUCGUCCCUGGGCCUGGUAGUGUUGUAUCCUGCCAUGAAUAUUUGUCUAGUUUUAAUACAUAACCGCGAGCCUAUUGAUGGCAUGGAUGAUGAGUAG